AUGGCCGAACCAAACCAAGUCCAUUCCUCAGAAACACCGCCCAACAUGACAGAAGAUGAUCUGAAAAGGCAACCACCACCACCAAGACGUGGCCUAUUCGCAUCUCGAUAUGUGAUAAAAGAUCGACACAGAGCCCUCUCGACCUUCAUAGUCAUCUUCCUGGUGUUAGCAGGAAUCACAGCCCUUAUAGUUUGGUUAGUUUAUCGUCCCCAUGACCCCAAGUUCAAAGUUCUGAGUCUAGUCAUUUAUGAUCUCAACUUCACCUCCCCACCUUACCUGUCCAGCACCAUGCAAUUCACUGUGGUCACUAGGAACCCUAAUGAGAGAGUAUCCUUUUACUAUGACCAGUUAUCUGCGUUUGUUUCUUACAAAAACCAGGUCAUAACUCCUCCACUGAGCCUGCCACAUUUGUACCACGAUUCGAAGAGCACGGUGGCUUUGUCUCCGGUGCUGGGUGGCGGGGCAGUGCCGGUGUCAGUCGAGGUGGCCAAUGGGUUAAUGAUGGAUCAGUCUUAUGGGGUGGUGAAUUUGAAGCUAAUCUUGACUGGGAAGGUUAGGUACAAGGGUGGAGCCAUAAGAACUAGGCAUUAUGGAAUAUAUGUGAAUUGUGAUGUGUUUGCAGGCUUCAAGCAGGGGUUUACAGGUCAGGUGCCUUUGCUUGGAUCAUCAGAAUGCCAAGUUGAUGCAUGA